AUGCAACCCCGCCCACCUGUGGCGUCCAAAGACGUCGGAGGAGGGGACGACCUCGGGGAGGACUUUGAUCUCGACCCUGAUUUCUCACCUCCCGACGCGGGCGCUGCAGAAGAGGAAGAUGGAGAGGAAGAAGGGUUUCAGGUCGAAGACGACACUUUUGUCCCUGAUCCGGAGCUGGAUGACGGGUUGAGGGAUGUGAGGAGUACGAGGGCACUGAAGAGGAAGGCGUUGGGUUUGGAUCUUGACCUGGAAGAGGGGGAAGGGGAAGUCGGAGGACCGGAGAAGAAGAAGAGGAAGAAGAAGCCUAAGGAGGUGGAUGCGCUAGAUGGGGAGGGGAGGGAGGUGCUGAGCCCCCAUGGGCUGGAAAGGUGGUGGAAGGAAGUGUUGGCUAAAGAGGGUGUGGCUAAGGGACUCAGUGCGUUAGAGCUGGAGGAAGCGGCCCUUCCUGAACAGUGCUUUGAGGACACCUCAGCCUUCAACGACCCGCGCACAGUAGAAAACCUCCCAAAGUUCAUAACAGAGCAUGUGCCAAAACUCGCCAUCCGCCUUGCCCAGCGACCGAAGAACCCAGCAGCCCCAACAUGUCUCUUCCUCUCCCCCGCUGCGCUCCGAGCAGCCGAUGUCUGUAGGGUACUCAAGGCUUCCGGACUGCGAGGCGAAAAAGGUGGUGAAGUUGCCAAGCUAUUCGCAAAACAUUUCAAGCUCCAGCAACAAGCUGAUUUCCUCGCUCGCACCCGAGUUGCAGUAGCCGUCGCCACCCCCAACAGGCUGCACCAGCUCUUGGAACACGAUGCGCUCGGGCUGUCUGCGCUCUCCCACAUAGUGCUCGACUCGACUUGGAGGGACGCGAAGGACCGCACGCUCACUUCUGUCCCGGAGGUGAGGACGGACGUUGUUGCUCUCCUGCGGGGUCCGCUGGGGGCUAAGAUCAGGGAAGGGAACGUUCGAGUCGUCGUUUACUAG